AUGCAUCAGCUGAUUCUGAUUGUGAACCAAUCACGGGCUCUGUGCCGAGGAUUAUCUUUCAAGAUUCCAGUGGAUGUUGGCACAGUGGACAAGAUUCCAUUGAUUUCAUUGGAAAUCAUGGAAGCGUUAAAGGAAAACGACCAAAUCUUCCAACAGAAUGAGUUUCCAUUUUGCUACUUGUUCAAUGGGGAAGAAUCUUUCGCUGAAUUGAGGAUUGACUGCAACAUCAAACACUAUCUCUCUAGCACAAAUGAAUUCUACUUGAGGCAGCAACAAAUUUUUAUGGACAUCGUAAAGAUUGUGAAGAAGCAUGGCGUUGUAGUGCCUAAAUAG